AUGUCAAAAGAAAAUUUGACUAAAAAUUUUCAUGAAAUUGAUCCAUAUUUUGUUUUAGAAAUAAGUAGAAAUGCAACGUUAGCAGAAAUUAAAUCAGCAUACCGUAAACAAGCUUUAUUAAAUCAUCCAGAUAAAAAACCAGAAUCAGAGAAAAAGGAUGCUAAUGCUAAGUUUGAAGAAAUUGCUUUUGCGUAUGGUGUUUUAAGUGAUGAAAAACGACGUGAAAGAUAUGAUAAAACUGGAAGAUUAGAUGAGAUAGCAGAUGACAUUGACUGGUCUGAAUGGAUAAAAGAUCUUUAUGAAAGUGUUGUAGAUGGGAAAACAUUAGAAGAAUUUAAGAAUUCAUAUCAAGGUGUAAUCAAAUUCUCUUUUUCUAAAAAAUAUUUAUUAGUAUUAUUAGGAUCGGAUGAGGAGAAGAAAGAUUUAUAUUUAGCCUAUGAGCAAUGCAAAGGAUCUAUGAAAGAUAUAUUUUCGUAUGUUUUAUGCAGUAACAUGCUUUUAGAUGAAGAGAGAUUCCGUGCAAUGAUUGAUGAAGGUAUUGAACAAAAAGAACUUAAAAAGUAUAAAAAUUAUUCACGAGAAACAUCUGCUCAGAAGCGUAAAAGACUUAAUGAAGCAAAAAAAGAAGCAAUUGAAGCAGAAGAGCUUGCAAAAGAACUUGGUUUAGAUAAGACUUUAAAAAAAAUAAAAGGAGAAGAUCAACUUCAGGCAUUAAUACAACAAAGACAAACAACACGUAUGGAAACUUUAAUAGAUAGUUUAGAAGCAAAAUAUGGGAACUCUAAAAAAAAAAAAUCUUCAAAAAAAUAA